AGUUCUAUGGACUAUGUUAUGUAGGAUUUGGCCUUGAUGAUCAUAAUGGUCCCCUCUGACUUUAAAAUCUAUUAAUCUAUCAAAACCUUUAGACUGAGAGAUGUGAUCCCAUACAGGGCCUUUCAACCACUCUAGUACAUGAUACAAUUGUUCCAUGUUUUCUCACAGAGAGAAAGUAAACCCAGAACCUUGCCAAACCUGUCUUAAUGUGCCAGAGAUCAGGAAGACUGAACCAAGCCGUGGUGGAGCUCCCUGGGAAAGAGUCUGUCCAGUCCAUCGGUGCCCUAUCACUGCAUCUCCCAGCUUGGUGAGAGGUCGUCUGCCUUCCUCCAACCACAUGCUUGGACCAAUGUCUGUUCAGUCCAAUGGUCAGGUGCCAUCCAGCUCACAGGACUCACAUCAACAUCACCUAUAUUACCAUUGCAACCAGCAAGAACCCAGAGACAGCUAUGCCUUGCCCCCACUGCCAGGGCAUGGAGAGAGGGCCACUUUGUGCUCCCACCAUUCCAGUGGGGAUUCUUUACCAGCUGCCCACCACGAGACCUCUGAAAGUCAAUGGAAACAGUGGUCACAUGACCAGCAGCAGUCACGACCAGUGCAGCGCCACAUUGUAACAGUCAGACAUGACAAAGCUUUCAGGAUGCCAAAAAGUUAUUCGCAAGUGAUUGCUGAGUGGCCGGUAGCUGUCCUUGUGCUCUGUUCGGUGACAGUUCUGGUUUGUACUUUAGCUGGCCUGCUAGUUGGAAAUCUGCCAGAUUUUUCAGAACCGUUGAUGGGAUUUGAGCCUCGAGAUACUGACAUUGGCAGAAAACUCAUUGUCUGGAAGAAUGUACAAACCCAUACAGGCCAUCAGAAGACCCUUUCGCUUUCUCCCUACACUGAAAAGAACAGCUAUGGUGACGUUGGUAUUAACAGAGGGCAGAGGUUUAUCCAUGGCGAACAAGAAGCAAGAACACGACGGAUGGUAGAACAAGACUAUGGAAAGGACAGUUUCUUUUGUGGCCCCCCAGGAAAGAGUUAUUCUCAACUGGUGUUUAUGUCCACAACUGCUGGGAGCUUGUGGAACUUGCAAGCGAUUCAGUCCAUGUGUCAAAUUGAACAGGACAAGAUCCGCUCACAUGCUCAUUUUGGGAAUCUCUGCCAACGUACUGAAGGCAAUGAAUGCUGCCCAAGCUGGUCUCUGGGUAACUAUAUUGCUGUCCUUCACAACAGAUCUUCUUGUUUGGAGAUAACUCAAGCAGAUGUCUCCCACACCCUGGCACUCCUCCGUUCCUGUGCCCCAGACUACCACAAAGGCAUCCUUAUUCCUUCUUGCUUAGGUCCCCGGACUGGAAGAGAGAAACACUCUCAGUGUGCCAAAGUACCAGAAAAAUGUACCCGGUUCAAUGGUAUUUACCAGCUUCUUCACUUCUUGGUUGACAGAGACUUUCUCAGUCUUCAGACAAUGGAAUAUCAAGUGCCAUCACUGAAAUACAGCCUGCUGUUUUUGCCUACAAAGAAAGGAGCAUCUAUGAUGGAAAUCUACCUGGACAACCUUGAGUCAUGGGACCUGUUUGAUAAUUACACAUUAAUCACUGGAAUGGACCUGGGUCUUAAACAGAAACUAUUCCAGCACUAUCUUUUACUGGAUACAAUGUAUCCAGUCCUGGCAAUAUUAGCCAUUUUUCUAAGUAUGACUUUUUAUUUACGCUCAAUCUUUAUUACUUCUAUGGUUCUUAUGAUUGUUGUCAGUUCUUUGAUGAUCUCCUUCUUCUUGUAUAAGGUGGCCUUCAGAUUCACCUAUUUCCCUUUUGUAAACCUGACAGCAGUUGUCAUUCUCAGUAGCAUUUGCGCCAAUCACACCUUUGUGUUUUUUGACCUCUGGAGCCUCAGCAAGAGCCAGAAUCCUUCUGCAGGCCUCCUGCAGUGGAUGAGCCAAACCAUGCACCACUUUGGGUAUCUCAUGCUGGCGUCUUCCUUUACAACAGGUGCUGCUUUCUAUGCCAGCUAUAUGAGCAAUAUAAUUGCCAUCUGCUGUUUUGCCAUCUACAUGGGCACCUGUGUAUUGGUGAAUUUAGUAUUCAUGGUAACUUGGCUUCCAUCUUCUGUUGUGUUGUAUGAACGCUACAUAGCAACAAACUGCAUUUAUAAACCGGAAGACUACUGGAACUAUAGUGGGCAUAAAAGAGUUAUUUUCUCUCUCCAUCAUAUACUCAGGGGUCUCCAGAAUACCUUGUGUGAAACCUCCAAGCUGUUAUUUGAAAAGAUUCUUCCAUGUGGUGUUAUAAAAUUUCGUUACAUUUGGAUCUGCUGGUUUACAGCCUUGGCAAUAGGGGGUGCCUACAUUUCCUGUUUUAAUCCUAAACUAAAACUCCCCAGUUUAGAGAUGCCAUCUGUCCAGAUGUUUAGGUUAAGCCAUCCCUUUGAAAGAUAUGAUGCAGAAUACUGUCACCAGUUCAUGUUUGAGAGGCUGGAGCAUGGAGAAGGACAACGCAUGCCCAUCACUAUAGUCUGGGGCAUACUGCCUGUGGACAAUGGGGAUCAUUUCAAUCCUAAGAGCAAUGGCACGCUGGUGAAAGAUACCACAUUUACGAUCCAAAAUCCUGAAGCUCAAAACUGGCUCUUGGAAUUCUGCCAAAAAGUGAAAAAUCAAACUUUCUACUAUUCUGAUUUGGAGCAGAAAUCUACAGUUUGUUUCAUGGAAGAGUUUCACACGUGGAUGGACAGUCGCCAGUGCUCCCAGCAAGAUCACAGCUUCAAUCUCUGCUGUAACCACUUCCCCUUCCCCUAUGGAAGUGAAGUCUUCCUGCACUGCAUCAAAAUGAUGAUCAUGGAACAAGGCAGAGAUGGGGCUGAAACCUAUGACUUGGGUCUUAGAUUUGAUGCAGAGGGAAACCUAGUUGCCUUGGUGCUACAGUUUCAAACUAUUUAUCACUACAGCUUCAACUACAGCAAAGCCAAACAAUUCUACAAUGAAAUUGGCCACUGGAUAACAGAGGAAAUGAAGACUGCCCCCAUGGGGCUUCAGAAUGGAUGGUACACCAGUAAACUAGAGCUAUAUAAUCUCCAGCACAGUCUUAGCACAGAGACAAUGGUGGUCAUAGGGCUAUCCAUAACCAUCUCUUUUGUGGUGCUGCUGCUCACCACCUGGAAUGUCAUUCUUAGCAUAUUCUCUGUUACAGCUAUCACAGGCACUGUCUUGGUAACUGUUGGACUUUUGGUGCUGUUGGAAUGGCAGCUCAAUGCAGUGGAGUCUCUCUUCAUUUCAGCAGCAGUAGGCCUCUCCACUGACUUUACAGUGAACUACUGUAUUUCCUACCACUUGUGCCCACAUUCUGAUCGCCUGAGCCGAGUGGCCUUCUCUCUGAAGCAGAUGAGCUGUGCCACUGCUAUGGUGGCAUCUGCUCUGUUUUCUGCAGGUAUCAUCAUGCUGCCUGCCACAGUGCUGGCAUACCGGAAGCUGGGGAUAUUCAUAAUGAUGAUCAAAUGUAUCAGCUGUGGAUUUGCCAGCUUCUUUUUUCAGUCUCUAUGCUGCUUCUUUGGCCCAGAGAAGAACUGUGGUCAGAUCCUUUGGCCUUGCACCUAUGUCCUGAAGGACUAUUCUGAUGACUCCAGGCCAAAUGGAAGUUUUAACUGUGGGGGAGAAGAGAAGCAGAACAGAUUACGGAAGGUGCAAGAGUCUAACACUGCAAAUGAACAGUAUGAGCUCCAGCCCUUGGCCAGAAAACUUAGUGACAGUUUUGACAACAGCACUUCCACAAGCAAAUUGUCUAAUCGUCCUUCUGUCCUAUCUGAAGACAUACAGCUCCAAGACAGCAGAUGUCCCAGAAUAGGAAUCCAUCCUUCUCUUGAAACAGACAGACAGAAUCUGCAGGAGACACUAAUGGAUCACCAUGUAGAUCUUUGUCAGUGUCCCGCCUUGCAAACAUCUUCUCCUUACAAACAUAGUAGCACAGGAGCAGAAGCAGAAAUUCAUAGAGAGAGACUCUGCAGAGAUUGUAGAUGUCAAAAAUAUGGUCCAAAAGCCUGGGAUGGAUACAUGCUGGACUAUCUUUAUUCAGCCAGCAUGAAAGAUGAAGGACAGUUAAAUAAAUCUCAGUGUUCUAGAGACACUGCUCAACAACAGUCAGAUUAUACCUCAGAAAAUAGUAAUCUCCCUGAAGCUGAAAUUUACAAAUUUCACAGAGGCCUUUGUUCUCAUAGCAGUUCUUUCAAUGUGCUCAAUGUCUCCAGUGAGAUCUCUCUCAGUGAUUUUGAGCAGAGCAUAAAACUUGCUGAGUCAUCCAGUUCUUGUCCCAAUGUCUUAGAUGUGUCUGAUUCCUGCUGUGCAGCAGAGAGAGGUCACCUGAAUGGGAAGAGAGACACCCUGAGGUUGGACCUGAGAGAGACUGUCUUUGACGUAUCUCUACCAGCAACCCAGCAAAACAGCUCUUCUUGGAAAAACCGACUGGGAUUAGGGAGUGAAGGUCCAGUUGUUUUACCAAACAGCCAACCAGAUAUGCCUGAUGUUUGGAUCAAACGAUCCAGUGCACAAAAUACUGGUUACAGCAGCUGAAAUCUCCAAGAAAGCAAAACUCAAUUACAGAAGAAAACAGGAAAUAAACCUCCUAUUUACACUGUAAAUAUAAAAUCUUUCCUCCCUUUCCUUUUUGAGCUAGGAAUAUUUCCAGAUAUUUCAGAUGCAGAGAUGCUUACAUUUUCACUGAGUCAGCAAAUCUGAUAUUAAAAAAAUGAGGAUUACAGAUGAAUUUUAAUGCAGUAAAAAAAUCUUUGACUGUCCAGCAGCCCGUGCCAUAUUCUCAAUUGUACUGUUUGACAUUCCCUACAGUGAUUAGAUUUGAUUUCCUGUCAAGUACAAGAAAGAAAGGGAUAAUGAUUAAAGAGGUGACUCUCUCCAAAUAUUUAAAGAAAUAAAUCCCAUGUACAAAAAUAUCUAUA